CAGCAAUGCAACUAGAUCAGAUUGCAAAAGAAUGAUAGAGGGAGCAGUUUGGGGACAUUUACUGGUUUUAGGACUUAAAAAGGAUAGAGCAAAGGACUGAAAGUAAGAAGACCAGCUGAAACGACUGCCUCGAGGAUGGAGAUACAAGAACCUGAAUUGUCGUUUGGAUAGCUCUCUUAAAGCUCUUAAAAGCUUGCACCCGCUUUGCAAGUCAGACAGAGUGUGUGGCCGCAGCAGGGCCCCCAGGUUCUGGUGUGAUCCGUCAGGGUCACAACUGCAAAUCGUCUGCACUGACUAGAAUUAAGAAAAGGAUGAAGAAGCCCAAAGGUGGUUCAAGCCGUGUGCUGAGGAUGACAGAGUGGCGCUCCUCGGUUUUUGAGUAAAGUCAAGGUGUAUCUCCGGUGACAGAUGCACAGUAUGCCUCAAUUUGGUUAGUGGGAACGCUGGGAGAGACGAUACCACCCUGCAAUUCUGGAGCCAAGUCUGGAACAGGUGGGGAAAAGGGACUGGAUUCAUGCACAGAGCUUCCACUCUGCCCCCCAAAUGACUCACUAAAAUGCAGCUUAGCCACUGAUCAAGCUGCGAGUGGCCUUGAUCACGCACUUGGACUCCAGGCCUGCCCUACUGCUAAGACUCUGCAGCUGGAGACGACGUCAAGGAGCAUGAGUGUGGGAAGAAUCAACCGCUACAGCAUUGUUUCGUCAGAGGAAGAGGGCCUCCGCCUCACUACCAUGCAUGGCAUGAACGGCUUUGGGAAUGGCAAGAUCCACACACGCCGCAAGUGCCGCAACCGUUUCGUGAAAAAGAAUGGACAGUGCAACGUGCAGUUUGCCAAUAUGGAAGAAAAGUCGCAGCGUUAUAUGGCCGACAUCUUCACCACAUGCGUUGACAUCCGCUGGCGAUGGAUGCUAGUAGUCUUCAGUCUUGUGUUUGUUAUUUCAUGGCUGGCUUUUGGGUUGGCCUUUUGGGUCAUCGCUUUACUGCAUGGAGAUCUGGAUAAUCCAGCUGGAGACGACAACUUCACUCCCUGCGUACUACAGGUCAAUGGAUUUGUUGCUGCGUUUCUGUUUUCCAUUGAAACACAGUCAACCAUAGGGUAUGGCUACCGCUGUGUGACUGAGGAGUGCCCAGUGGCGGUCUUCAUGGUGGUCUUCCAGUCAAUAGUGGGCUGCAUCAUUGACUGCUUCAUGAUAGGCGCUAUCAUGGCUAAAAUGGCAAGGCCUAAGAAGCGCGCACAAACACUUUUGUUUAGUCACAAUGCCGUCAUUGCCAUGCGGGAUGGAAAGUUAUGUCUUAUGUGGAGAGUGGGAAACCUUCGCAAGAGUCACAUAGUAGAGGCCCAUGUCAGAGCACAGCUAAUCAAACCUCGGAUCACUGAUGAGGGGGAAUAUAUUCCUCUAGACCAGAUAGACAUUAAUGUAGGGUUUGACAAAGGCUUGGACAGGAUUUUCCUGGUUUCACCCAUCACUAUUCUUCAUGAGAUAGACGAGGAGAGCCCUCUGUUUGGAAUCAGCAAACAAGACCUGGAGAGUGCAGACUUUGAGAUCGUAGUCAUCCUGGAGGGAAUGGUUGAAGCAACCGCCAUGACCACACAGGCUCGCAGCUCCUACCUGGCUUCUGAGAUCCUUUGGGGCCACAGGUUUGAACCAGUCCUGUUUGAGGAAAAAAAACUGUACAAGGUGGAUUAUUCACACUUUCACAAAACCUAUGAGGUGCCGUCCACCCCUCGCUGCAGUGCCAAGGACAUGGUGGAGAACAAGUUCCUUGUGCCCAGCUCUAACACCUUCUGCUAUGAAAACGAGCUGGCCUUCAUAAACCGGGAUGAAGAGGAGGAGGAGGAGGAGGAGGAGGAGGAGGAUUUAGGUGGGGGGAGCAGAGUUAUGGCAAAUCUCAGCCCUGACCGAAAUAGCCGACAUGAGUUUGAACGUUUGCAGGCCACCAGGGCAUUGGAUCAAAGAUCAUAUCGUAGAGAGUCAGAAAUUUGACCCUAACUCAUUGACUAAGCAUCAGAUUCCUUUAACUUUAUCCAAGGACAAAAUGCAGAACAAUGCAAAGUGCCAUAGGAAGAGCUAAGUAUAUCAAAAGAAUGGAAAACAAAUAUAAAACCCUAAAAAGGGAUUUGGAAAUGCAAGUGUGUACAUCUUUGAAACGGUGGUAAGUAAUUUUUACAAUCAAGAAAAAAGACCCUCUUCCUAUACAGAAACUUGAAUGUUUUUUCACACGGUCAUUCUCAGUUAAGAAUGUUCAAUGCUAGUUCAUUGACAGAACCUUAUGAUACAUCUUAGGUGUAAAUACAUUUCUGAAGCAAGCUCUUUUAUGUGCAGUACCAGGUAUAAACCGAACUUCAAUGUGUUCUUGGCCACCAAUAAUCCUGUUUCCGAUCCUCUCUAAGCUUAUCUUACCAGACAAGCAUUAAGGAAGACAUUGAGAAUUCAGUCACUCCUGCAUUCAGAUACAAUCAGUCAUAAUAAGGGACCAUAAAGCACAAGUAAGCAAGUAAGACAUAAAUGAAUUUAUAUUCUGGCACAAAAAUUAAAUUUAUACAGAAAAAGAGCAGAGAACAUGUAAGGGUCUUUUACUUUGACAAAGAAUGUAAUGAGCAACUGAAAUGAAACAACACUUCAUGUAUGGCAUAUUACAGCACUUAUGACACUAAUGGCUUUAAAUAAGUAUUUUAUA